CUCAACACCAGGCAGGCAUGCCUUGUCGUCGUCGUUGUCCUCCGUUAAUUAGUUUCUACUAUACCCUACCGUGUCUGUGUGUACAUGUGUCGCUGUUUAGGUUAUAAAUAUAGCUCGUUUCACACUCUCAUGGCGAUUCCUUCAUAUUCUUAAGCUCAAGCUGAUCAAGUGUGUACUAGCUAGUAAUUAGUCCUAUCCUAUAUACUAUAGUAGCUGGGUUGCUCGGCUCGCCGGAGAUCUCCGGCCGGCUGCCGGCGGCGGUGAGCCGGUGACACUAAUCACAUAUCGAUCGUACACGCGCGCGUAUUACGUGUGUGAAGGAACAUUAGAUAGAUAGAGAGAGAGAGGGGAUGGGCGGUGGGUCGCCGUGCGCGUCGUGCAAGCUGCUGCGGCGGCGGUGCACCAAGGACUGCAUCUUCGCGCCCUUCUUCCCCGCCGACGACCCCCACAAGUUCGCCAUCGUCCACAAGGUCUUCGGCGCCAGCAAUGUCAGCAAGAUGCUCCAGGAGCUGCCGGCGCAGCAGCGAGGCGACGCGGUAAGCAGCCUGGUGUACGAGGCGAACGCCCGGAUGCGGGACCCCGUCUACGGCUGCGUCGGGGCCAUCUCCUUCCUCCAGAACCAGGUGUCGCAGCUGCAGAUGCAGCUCGCCGUCGCGCAGGCCGAGAUCCUCUGUAUCCAGAUGCAGCACCGCGACGACGGCGCCGCCCACCAGCUGGACGCCGCCGCCGACCACCACCCGCUGCUGGAUCAGCAGCAGCAACAGCAGAUGGUCGUGGACGCCGCCGACGCGGCCGCCUCCUUCCUCGUGCAGAACGGCGGCGGAGGCGGAGGCCCCGCGGCGCAGCUGAUAAGCGGCUACGGCUCGCCGGCGGCCGGCGGCGGCGGUGGCCAUGGCGUGGUGCACUACGCGGCGGCGCAGGAGCAUCUCAAGAGGGAGUCGCUCUGGACGUAGCUAGUCAGGUCAACGCAUGCACGUUAGCUUGGCGUACGUGUAGCCGAGCCGUGCUAGACUGCUAGCUAGCUAGGGCUAGCUUUGAAUUAAUUAGGUCGGUAAUUAGUUAAUUCUGAUGACUCUUCUGUUUUUUUUUCUCUUUUCCUCCCCAGUUUCUUGCUGUAGCGUAUGUAGUGAUGUACUUGUGAUCCAAAUCGAACUAGCUAGUUGGAGAUCACUCUAUUUUCA